UGAACUCAUCAAUGGUGUACUCUACUGUAACUGAUUCAUCAUUUCCACCGGCCAUUCAAGGCUCAUCUGCGGUGGCGCCGCCGCCGCCGGAGUCGUUUGCUGUAAAAUCUGGGGUUACAGGUUCGGUUGCUACUGAAAUGGUUGCUGUUAGACCAGAGGCUGCUGGGGAAUCGGUUGCGAUUGUGCAGAAAUGGCCGGGAUGGCCGGGGGAUAACGUGUUCAGGCUAGUUGUGCCACUUGCGAAAGUUGGUGGUAUAAUUGGGCGGAGGGGCGAACUUGUAAAGAGGAUGUGUGAAGAGACUGGCGCCAGCAUUCGUGUUCUGGAAGGCCCUCUUGGCAAUGCUGAUCGAAUCGUCCUAAUAUCUGGUAGAGAAAAUCCAGAUGCUGAGGUAUCUCCAGCAAUGGAUGCUGCUUUAAGAAUUUUCAAGCGCGUUGCCGGGCUAAACAAUGAUGAUCCAGGAGCAGGAGCUGCUGGUGCUGCAUUCUGCUUUUCAAGGUUAUUGGUGGCUUCAUCACAAGCCAAUCAUUUGAUUGGUAGACGUGGUACUACGAUCAAAUCAAUACAGGAAAGAUCGGGUGCUGCCCUGAGAGUCUUAUCUGCAGAUGAUGUGGCCCCUUAUGCCACUGAAGAUGAAAGAAUUAUCGAAAUUCAUGGAGAAGGUUUGAAGGUGCUUGAUGCUUUUGAGGCAGUAGUUAGACUACUGAGAAAGUUUUUGGUCGAUCAUAGUAUGAUACCUGUAAUUGAAAAGAUGUACAAUGUAAAUAUCUCUCAAGAUCGGCUAGCGGAGUCCUGGGCUGAUAAACCGCAGUCCUCAAAGUUUCAGCCUUCUGGUCCUGCACCUGCAUCCCAUGCUGCAGCAGUUUCUGGUUAUUCCUUCUCCAUGAGCCGAGACCCUUACUUACUUGAUUGUGAAACUGCCAUGGACUCCGAACUCCCGCGGUCUACACUACCGCGAUAUGGACAGGAUCCUCGACUUGGCGGCAUACAUACUUCUGUGGCUGGCCGAGCUGGUCCUAUAGUUACACAGAUCACAAAGGUUAUGCAAGUACCGCUGGGGUAUGCUGAGGACAUCAUUGGUGUUGGUGGCGGUAAUAUAGCAUAUAUUCGCCGCACAAGUAGGGCAGCUCUUACUGUGCAAGAGAGCCGAGUACCUGAAGAAAUCACUAUCGAGAUUAAGGGUACCUCGUCAGAGGUUCAAGCAGCUGAACAGCUUAUUCAGGAGUUCAUUAACAACCACAAAGAGCCAGCCCCAAGAAUGUAUGGGACGCGUGAGCCUGAGUUUGGAUCUUUUUCGCGUUAUGGUGACCCCUAUUCUUCAUCAUCUUCGUUUCCAUCUCAGAGUUUUGAGGGGUAUGGAUCUUCUAGUUUAGGAGCAGGAUACAACAGGUAUAGAUACUAAGGGCAGUAGCCCUUGUGGAAUAGUUACUGGGAAAAGUUCUCUUUUACAACUCUUGGGGAAACUUUGUUUUAAGAUGAUUUUAUGUAUGUAAUUAACUUAUGUUCAAGUUCUAUAGAAACGUUGGUAUUGGAACUUAUUUUGGUGCUGCUUUUCUUGUUUCUAGAUAAUCAAGCUUUUUUUAAAGUGUUUUU